GUGAUUUGACGCGAGAAAAAGGAUAGCCACCCGCCAUCGCCCACACGCUCGCGCACAUACGCUACACCUCCCCUUCGCCGUAGUAUACACCUCCACCUUUCCCUUCCAUUAAUACCUCCACCCCCCACUCCUCUCCCCCAUCUCCCCUCCCUCUCGCCAUUGGAGCUAGACAGCUCGAGCUCCAGGAGGAAGAAGAGAGAGAGCCUAGCUGCUAGGGUUUCCAUCGGAUUUGGUUUUUUAUUUUCUUUUUGUUUCUUGUGUGUGUUUUGAUGGAUCAGAGCUUUGGGAAUCUUGGAGGAGGAGGAGGAGCAGGGGGGAGCGGCAAGGCGGCGGCGUCGUCGUUCCUGCAGCUGCCGCUGUCCACGGCGGCGGCGGCCACCGCGUACUACGGCACGCCGCUCGCCUUGCACCAGGCGGCGGCCGCGGCUGGCCCGUCGCAGUACCACGGUCACGGUCACCCCCACCACGGCGGCGGCCACCACCACAGCAAGCACGGCGGCGCCGGUGGUGGGGAGAUCUCGGCGGCGGAGGCCGAGUCCAUCAAGGCCAAGAUCAUGGCGCACCCCCAGUACUCCGCCCUCCUCGCAGCCUACCUCGACUGCCAGAAAGUCGGAGCGCCGCCGGAGGUGCUGGAGAGGCUGACCGCCACGGCGGCAAAGCUGGACGCCCGCCCUCCCGGCCGCCACGACGCGCGCGACCCGGAGCUCGACCAGUUCAUGGAGGCGUACUGCAACAUGCUGGCCAAGUACAGGGAGGAGCUGACGCGGCCGAUCGACGAGGCCAUGGAGUUCCUCAAGAGGGUGGAGUCGCAGCUCGACACCAUCGCCGGCGGCGCCCAUGGCGGCGGCGCCGGCUCGGCGCGCCUCCUCCUCGCCGAUGGUAAAUCUGAAUGUGUUGGUUCUUCUGAGGAUGACAUGGACCCAAGUGGCCGCGAAAACGAGCCGCCUGAGAUCGACCCGCGCGCUGAGGAUAAGGAGCUCAAGUUUCAGCUUCUGAAGAAGUACAGUGGCUACUUGAGCAGCCUAAGGCAAGAAUUUUCCAAGAAAAAGAAGAAAGGAAAGCUGCCUAAGGAGGCCAGGCAGAAGCUGCUUCACUGGUGGGAGCUGCACUACAAGUGGCCUUACCCCUCAGAGACGGAGAAGAUUGCGCUUGCGGAAUCGACAGGACUAGAUCAGAAGCAGAUCAACAACUGGUUCAUCAACCAGAGGAAACGGCACUGGAAGCCAUCGGAGGACAUGCCGUUCGUCAUGAUGGAAGGUUUUCACCCACAGAAUGCUGCUGCAUUGUACAUGGAUGGCCCGUUCAUGGCAGAUGGAAUGUACCGCCUCGGUUCGUGAACCUCGAUCUCGAUCAUCGGCGUGUUUGAUGAGAGAUCCAAUGCCAAGAUAAAUUGAUCAUGGAAUGUAUUCAGCAUGCGUUGCAAUGCAUGGACAUUGUUAUGGAAUUUUUGGUUUAUUUACCUUUCACCGUGGAUUGACAAGGUCUCGAUCAUGUUAGUGUUGAUGGCUUAUAGUUCUCCAGUAAUGUUGUUGUUUUUCCUUUCGAUGGCUUGUAAAAGUUUAGGUGUAUCGGAAUUUCGAUCAACUUGCUCGUACGCUGGUAAUUAAUUUGGUGAUGGUCUAUAUGUUGUAUGGUUGUGCGUUUCAGAUUGGUGUUCAAAGUUGCCUAUCUGAAACAAUUAUA